CUCUUUUAAUUGCUAUUUUUUCGAUUAUUGAAUUAUUUAAGAACUUUAUUUUUAUUCAUUACCCCUAUUUGCGUUUGUAAAAAGUAUAUGUGCUGUUUUUUUGUUUGCUUUGUUUGUCUUUUUAACUGCGUAUGUAGGCAGAAAAUUAUAUUGUUGCUAACGUGUUGUGUAAAUUACAGUUCAAAGUGCUGUUGAAGUGAACACAAAAUUAUUAUUUUGUGAUAUGAGCGAACCUCUGCCAUCUUGUGGAAGAGUAGUAGAUUUUUCUGUCAAUCAUUAAAAGUUGCUGACAUAGAGAGCCGAACAAGAGACAGUUUUUGAGAUGAAGGUGAUAAACCACUCCACGGAUACCCUAAAAACAGCACUGAUUUCCAACUGUAAGGACUUGGCUGAUAUUUACAAACAGUACACUAAAGAAGAACGCCACUUUUUUGAGGAAGGACUGCAUCCAGGGAAGCCUGGUUCUCUGUUCCAGGCUAUUACAGUGCACUCAGACUCAGACUGGAUCACCUCUCAUCCUGAGGAGCCUCAAGACUUUGAGACCUUUUAUAGAGACCCUCACAGAAAGACACCCAGUGCAAACUGUAGUACGAUUUACAUUCAGACAAUAGGUUCUUUUGGCGACGCAGGACCCCAGACAGAACAGUAUUUGGAAUGGCUUCGAGAGUACUGCCAAGCCUUCUUCUAUGGGCUGCCUGUUCGUUGGUUACCAGCUGUCACAGUCGCACAAACAGGGUGCUCUUUCAGAAUUAACCAUGGCUCACAAAACCUUCAGCUGCUCACGGGUGACUUGCUGCAAUUUUUGUGGAACCGGAAACCAAAAGAUGCUUUUUGUAUUGUUGGAAUCACAAUGAUUGACCUCUUCCCAGAAGAGUCCUGGAAUUUUGUAUUUGGACAAGCAUCUCUCAAUAGGGGGAUUGGUGUUUUCAGCUUUGCCAGGUACGAUGACAACUUCUACAGCAAAAGUUAUGCAGGAAGGUUAAAGAACCAGCGUCCACCAAAGCAAGGAGAUUAUUCUGCCUUUGAUGGGCAUUACACUCCACCCAUUACCAGUACUCUACUGCUGCGAUCCUGCAAGACAAUGACACAUGAAAUUGGACAUAUGUUUGGGAUAAGGCAUUGCCAGUGGCUGAGCUGUGUCAUGCAGGGCUCCAACCAUCUGGCGGAGUCGGACCGUCGACCCCUUGAUCUCUGUCCCAUCUGCUUGCAUAAACUUCAGAUCUCAGUGGGGUUUAAGAUAGCCGAGAGAUACAAGGCGUUACUGCAAUGGAUGGAAGAGGAGCCAAAGCCAACACCAAAGAAGUCUACCUUUGUCAUACCUACUGAAGCCUUUCAUAUGGACAAACUGUGGCUGCGGCGGUGCCAAGACAUACUGGAACUCGAUGAAUGGUUUUGCCACAAAAUGCUGCAGGGAUUGACACCACUGCUUGUUUGUUGGAUGCUGCUAUAUGGCCUCUAUUUCCACCUGAUGUCAGAGCAGUCAGCUGGACCUGAACAGUUUGUCAAGAAGCCCAAUUUCAUUAUCAUACUAGCUGAUGAUAUUGGAUGGGGUGACUUAGAUGUGAACCAACCUGAACAUAAGUCCAACAAUACACCACAUCUUAACCUGAUGGCGCAGCAAGGAUUGAGAUUCUUAGACUUCCACUCUCCGGCCUCAACCUGCUCCCCAUCCCGCGCUUCUAUUCUGACGGGCCGCUAUGGACUGAGGAAUGGGGUCACUCACAAUUUUGCAGUAGGCUCCUUGGGCGGUUUGCCUUUGUCCGAAAUCACUUUACCACAACUCCUACAGCAGGCAGGUUACUAUACUGCCAUGAUCGGGAAAUGGCAUUUAGGCCAUAAUGGACCAUAUGGCCCGACAAAAAGAGGUUUCGAUUACUACUUAGGUGUUCCCUACAGUAAUGAUAUGGGAUGCACUGAUGUACCUGGAUAUGAUCUUCCCCAGUGCCCUGCCUGUGAGUCAUCUCGACCUCGAAUAACCGGGUUGAGAAGGAGUCAACACAAAGGCAGAGACUGCUAUUCCAGAGUGGGGCUUCCUUUGAUUGAAAACAGCAGUAUUGUUCAGCAGCCACUCAACCUGUGGACACUUACACAACAGUAUCAGUCUGCUGCACUAAGAAUUAUACACGAUGCAAGAGAACGAGGUCAGCCUUAUUUUCUUUACAUCGCGUUAGCUCACAUGCACGUCCCUUUGGCCCCACCAAUUGCCACUUCGUCACUUGAAAAUCAAGUGUAUUCUGCAAGCUUGCGAGAAAUGGAUGGCCUUGUGGGGUCGAUUAGGAGUGCUUCACACGCAGAUGAUACGCUCAUCUGGUUCACUGGUGACAACGGUCCUUGGGAGCAGAAGUGCCAAUACGCAGGAAAUGCAGGACCAUUUAAAGGAAAGUGGCAGACAAAAAGAGGUGGGGGUUCCGCAAAGAGGACCACAUGGGAAGGGGGCCAUCGUGUGCCAACCGUGGCCUACUGGCCUGGCGUGAUCCGGGCAAACUCCACCAGUUCAGCCAUGCUUAGCGGUAUGGACAUUUUCCCAACACUCCUUUCCCUGGCAGGGGUGAAGCCGCCCACUGACCGCCGCUACGAUGGCAUUGAUGUCACAAGUGUCCUACUGCAUGGCAAACAGACUGGUCACAAGGUUCUUUUCCACCCUAACAGUGGUGCCGCAGGGCAGUUUGGUGACUUGCAGGCUGUUCGAGCAGGGAAAUAUAAAACAUUCUACAUGACAGGCGCUGCUCAAGCGUGUGGUGGUGCCAUAGGAACGCAGGAGCUCCAUGACCCACCGUUGAUAUUUGAUUUGGAGCAUGACCCGGCUGAGGAAACGCCCUUAAAAUUUGGAACACCUGAAUACCAAGUGAUAGCUGAGAGGGUUGCUCGCUGGAGGGAGGCCCUUUUAUGGGACAUUGCAACCGACAAAUCCGUGUCUAUGGCUGACUACACAACAGAUGAGUCGCAAGUGCCUUGCUGUGAGCCGACACAUCCGGUUUGCCGUUGCCUCUGACCUAAGGAAUGGAUAACCAGUACAGUGUGUGUGUGUGGCUGUGGACUCCGCAGUACGUAGGGUUGUAUGUCAUGUAGAAGAUACAACAAAUGAGGGCAGAGGAACAACUAAGCAAACAGAGUUGGAAAAAAAAAACAAUGUCAACAGAUGGAUAGAGAGGCAACUGUGCGAUCAAUAAGACAAAGAGAAAAUAUUUGCUCUGUAUUCUCCAUUAUUAUUUAGACUAAACACAUGACAGCAACUGAAAUGUUACAAAUACAAUAAUCAAACAAUACUCAAAAUGAAUGGAUUCUGAAUCAUCUUUAUUGAUUCUUCAUUGUCAGUAUGCAACAUCUCCAUGUAGUCCAAGGUGUCCGACAGCGCCACCUUUUGGCAAAAUUAAAUGAUUACCUACAUGUACGGCUCACAAAAAUAGCUUUUGAUUGAAAUUUCGCGAGGAACCUAGAAUGCAAUACAACGUCUCAACACCAUACUUUUCCAAAAGCUUUGAAUUUACAUGUUCAAGUGUUUUAAAUUAAACAAUCUGUGACAGUUGUAUGCAUUACAGAGUCAUCCCAAAAUUUUAGCUUCCAAGCCAAAUAUCACAUUAAUUUUGUUAGUGUUAUAUAUAUACAUUAUCCAUACAGUAAAAAAAAAAAAAAAAAAAAUUCAAAAUACAUGGUCAGUUUGCGUUAAUGUGUAAUACUUUUUUCCAUCAUAAAACAAUAUUCAGCAUCAUGUGGUAUAUAGCCUUGAGAUAACAGUGAAAUUUAAGGACCUGUCGCUUCUUGUACCAUCAGGCGAUU